CAAUUUACCUGUCUAUUAGUUCAAAAUGACCAAAAGGACGUAACUACUAUUGUAAAUAGUAAUUUAGCAGACAAAUCUUCACAGUUUUACAUGUUUUGAGGGGGCCAGACAAGGCAAAAAAACAUGGUUACUAUAUAGCCUACCAUAGCCACAAAUUAAAAAUGGUUUUGCAGUUCUGCCGUCGUAUUUAUAGGAAAACUCUGCAAAUGGUAAACAGCUAAUAUACUUUUACCACAGGACUAGUAACUCCACGGUCGGUUUUUCCCGAGGACAAAAAGUGACCCAUGAUAAUGCAAAAAAUGUUCAGUGUUAAGAUUUUUCAAUGAAGAUAUAUUCAAAGUGCAUUGCUGUACUGAUUUUGGCAAAAACGCAUCGUCUUAAUGCAAUGCUUAUUGUUACAAACACAUUAAUACUACGUGCAAACAAAUUAUAAUGAGAUGGUUGUUCUGCAACGAGAUGGAGAUGUUGAUAAAAAAGUGAAAGGUAAAAAAUAAAUAAAUAAAUAGUAUAUAUACAUGAGAGAUAUCAGGGGAAGUGAAAACACUUAAAGGGAAAAUGGAUCUUUAUUCACCGAGGGACUUAAACUUUUAUGUGGUGAUGAUGAUGAUGAUGAUGAUGAUGAUGGCCAAACACAAAAAAAUAUUGUUGUCUGUGGUUUUAAAAUUUGUUACGGGUGUAUAGGAUGGCCUGGAUGAGUCUGAGAUUACCAGGCCUGAAAUGUUGUCCCAGUCCGUCCCCCUUAGGGGAUUUAUAUAUGAUCAUGGGUAAUUCUAUAUGCGUUUUUGAGAUUAGCCGGACUAGUGAUUAGUUGUAGUUGGGGUGUUAUAACGUAGCUGUAAAAAUAGUUGCCUGCUGAAACUGAAACGUGUGCGUCUUCAUCGUGACUAGAUAGAGACACGGUGAGUUUGUCUUCACUAAAACUUACAAGUUAGAUGUGAUUCCCCUCAUAGUAACAAUCCUGUCAGAGCCUUGGAGUGAGCUACAGGUCGGCCAAUCUGGUUUCAUCUAGUUAACCUUUUCAACAUGUUUCCGUGUUGUUGUUGUCAGUGCUCGGGUGAUGACUGAAGGAGGUGACUGACUAGAUGCAGUCUGUGUGCAGUUUAUUGUGGACUGACCAUUUUGAGACGUAUAUGGUAGGCCCUAGACUUCACUAAUCGUGGAAAAAAAGCCAGGAAGCUUCAGAUUUGAUAAUAUGGGACCUUUAGGGCCCGGGUAUACUUCACUUACAGACACUUUCCAUUUGCCAGCUUCCGUGACCGAGCUGAAAUACGCUGUUUUUUUUCCCGCCACCUGGCAACCCGGGGUUCCGAAACGCGAUUGGUUGAACCGGCGGUGGGCGGGGUUCACAAACCAACUCCUGCAUUCCGGGCCGGAACGCACGCGUUCUAAAGAGAAUUAAUUGACUCUAGCGGUGUUUACAGAUAAACGAGCAUUAAUUUAGCACGUUUCUGAAAUAUCUGCAAACAUAUGGUAUCUGUAUGCUUUUGCAGAGUCAGAAUGCUACAUACAGAACAUUUGAUGUUUAUUUGCUCUCAUCCAGUUAAAAAAAGCGAGUUAAAAAGGGUUUACAGACUUGGAUACUUAAAAAAAAGCUCAUAGCUUCACUCUCCGUUUCCGUUUCUUUUUUCAGAUAGCUUUUUCAUUUGCAUGCUGACCUUCAUCCGUAGGUGAUUUUGCCCUUUCCAAACCAAGACUGCGCACUGCAAGAAGAGCAUCACGAAAUGCCACAGAAUCUGUGAUUUUAGGAGAUUAGAGCCAAUGCUGUCUGUAAAAAACGACGCAACACUUUUUAUGCGUGAUAUUUUUGCAGGCUCGUCCACAUAAAUGGCAACGGUUUCUUUUAUUAAACGCGAUUGCUAUUAUUAUUAAAUUAUUUACAAAAUAUAAACAUUACCGUUGCGAGAACUUUAAGUAAAAUGUAUUUACGUAAUAUAACAUACCUCUUUAUAUAUGUUUCUGGGUUGUCUAAUCAAAAGCUCGGCCUCUGCGGCCAUCUAGUGGCUACUAAGUAACACCACUGCGAAAAAAAAAAGAGGGAAACGUCAGUACGGAGGCGCAAACUACGUAAUGGGCGUGGUUUGCUCAUUCCGUCUUCCUAUUGGUCCAAAUCCAGGAAGCGUUUCGUCCGCGUCCGUUUCCGCUGUUAUUUGAAACGAUAAACUAAGAGCUUGUCGGCUCGUGAAACGAUGAAUUGACGGUUUUAUAUGAUAUUAAUCAAUCAACGUUAACCUCCUGUGCUUUAAGGCUCUCAGGUUAGAGAUGAUGGAGCAGCAGGAGCAGAAAGAGUGGGACGCUGUUAACAGGUUGCUGCAGCAUCAUGGCUUCAAACCUGUCAGCUUUGCAGACCCAACAGAGAACAAGAACCUUGCGGAGUUGGUUUUGUUGGAGCGCAAGUCUGCAUCUGAAGUACGGCUGAUGUUGAAGACGAUGCUGUCAGAUUCUGAAAGAAGACAAGGUUUAAUUCAAGAGCUCAUUCAGUCCAACAGCCAACUAAAAGAGGAAGUGCAGCAGCAUCAGACGCGGGCCGCCCGUCAGUCUCAGAGGGCCGCCGAGCUGGAGGGCAUCCUGGACGGGGUGAAGGUCAAAGUCCAAGACCUAGAGGACUCGUACGUCGGUAAAGCGGCCCAACAGCGCAGCCAGUUCCAACAGCUGCAGCAGGAGAGGAGAGAUGCUGAGAAACGCUGUCAGUCUCUGGAGCAGAAGCUGUCUCAGGAGAAGGAGCAGGUGACUCAGCUGCAGAAGAAGCUCCAGUACGUCGUGAGGGAGGAGGAGAGACGCGUGGCCCAACAGAAUCAGGCCUUUCAACAGAUCCACCGCAGAUCAGCCCGACUCGACUCCAGCACCGACCCGCAGAUUUUGGACAUCAUCGACGAGUACGAGUCCCAACUGCAACAUCUACGAAACGAACUGAAAUUAUAUAAAAGUAGCUCUGGAGAGAAGGACUCCUCAAACUCCCAAAAGAACUCCGCCGCCGACACGUCUUCCAGCCAUAAGGCCCUUUUAAAGUCGUACCAGGAGCAGCUGAAGGAGACCAAAGCUCAGCGAGAAGAACUCAGGAGCGAAAUCCAGCGCUUAAAAGAAGAUCUGGAGUCCAGGUUGAUGGUGGACUUUUGUAGCCGUGACUAUUGUUAUGCAUUUAUAGUUGGUGACGUUUUUAAUGUUGCACAUUUUAGACCCACCACAAAAGAAAUGAAAACCUGCAAACAGCAGUUGAGACGCAUGGAUCGAAUCAUUCAGCAGAGCAACAUCAGAUCAUCUGAAGCCCUCAAAACGCUGGACUCACGAGAGACGCUAAAUACAGAUAACACAGGAAUCCAGCACCUAGAUGCCUUGAACUGCAAGAGACUCCUUAUAAGUGUUUGUAAGGAGCUCAAUGUGCAAGAUGUCAGUCACCUCACUUCUGCUGUGAAGCUUCAAUGCAAACAAGCCGAAUCUGCCUUCAAGCUGGAGAAGAUCCUGCAUGACAUCACCACAGUCCUGACCAAUCCCAGGGCUCCUUUGGGUUUGCUGAGACAGCGUACGCAAACCAACCUCAAACUCAGCAGGGAGGCGGAGUUUGACCUGAUUGCUUCCACCCUGGAGAUUUGGAGCCAGCAGCUAACCUCUCUAGCAGAUCUUCACCGUGCCCUUGUCCGAUUGGUGAAGAGGUUGUUGCCAUGGCAGCCAGAGGGCAGCAUCACCACACCUUCGGGUCCUGUGCGGGUGGAAGAUUUGCUGCUGAUCGUUGACACUCUGCUCGAUGAGACGGCAUCAGAUGACCAGGUUCUGCGGAGCCCCACCAGACACACCCUGGAGUCCAUGGUUGCCCACUUCCAGAAGCUCUUUGAUGCUCCAUCGCUGACAGGAAUCUAUCCUCGCAUGAACGAGGUCUACACCAAGCUGGGCGAGAUGAACAACGCCAUGAGAAACCUCAGAGAUCUUCUGGACUUGGAUGAUAAAGCGCCCCCUAGCGAGGUCGUCAACAAGGUAGCUGCGGUCGUGAUGCAGUCAGGAAGCGUAGCGGGUCAGGAGCUCCACAGCCUUCUGGAAAGCAGUGACAUUGAAAGGAACCAUUUAAACAAGAAGGCGCCAUUUGUAUUUCGCAGCAUCAUCUUAAAGCUGAAGGAUCAUGAGGAAUUCUUCCCAGUUUUCCACACAUUCAUCCUGGAACUUCUGCAAACACUGGGUGAGAAAAAACUUUAUUCACAUUCAGCAAGACAAGAAUCAGUCAAACGGAAAUGAACAGUUCAUUGAGUAGUAUUCUGUUCUAGUCAUUAAAAACCUUGCGGCACUAACUGGUUUGUGUUUCCUCUCUUUCAGACGUCCCGACUCUAGACGACGUUUUGCCGACGGUACGUUCUCUCAAAGGCUGCUGAUGUUUUUGUAAAGCACCAUGUGUAUUCACUUCGGAAAUUUAAACGCGUUUAUUGUAUUGUUCUUUUUUUGUUGUUGUUUAAAUAAAUUAGCAUUUCUGC